UAGUUUAAAAGCAGGUACCUGGUGCCAUACAUUAUCAGUAGGAGCAGGUAGAUUACCUGUUCAGGUGGACCAGGAGGACAUCGUUAGAAGAACCAUCAUGGCACUCCAAUGGGUAAAGCCGUGGAUUGCUCUCCUCUUCGGACUGUCUGCUGCAUAUUCUGAGACUGUUAUGAUUCCAGAUAUGACUUCCAUUGGGAGUCUAUAUGAUUCCAAACUGCAAAUCUUGUCAGCAGGAGUGAGUCCCACUCAUAACGGGCAGGUCUGCAGCACAUGGGGUAACUACCACUACAAAACCUACGAUGGAGACUUCUUCCAGCUGCCCUACACCUGUAACCACGUGCUGACGUCGCUGUGUAAGAGCAGCAGCGGCUAUGAGGCCUUCAACGUUCAGCUGCAGCGGGGAGAGGUAGACGGGCUGCCCACCAUAACCAAGGUGUCUUUGAAGCUGGAUGGAACCUUCGUGGAACUGGCCAAUGGUAACGUCAGUGUCAACGGAAAACAGGUCACCAUACCAUUUGGUCAGUUCAACGUCUUCAUUGAGAGGACCGUUUCCUAUGUGAAGAUCACAGCCAAGCUGGGGUUAGUCGUCAUGUGGAAUGGACAUGAUUCCCUCUGGGUGGAGCUGAACUCAAAGUUCCAGAAUCAGACGUGUGGGCUGUGUGGAGACUUCAACGGAGUCCAGAUUUAUGACGAGUUCAUUAAGAAUGAUGCUCAUCUCAACAUAAUCGACUAUGGUGAUCUUUGGAAGAUGAAUGGCCCAACAGAGACCUGUACAGAAAUCCCUGGUCCCAAGGAGCAGUGUGAAGACCAGACCGAACUUUGUGAGCAGCUUCUCACCAGCCUUGCCUUCAGUAGCUGUAAGGAGCUGAUUGCCACAGACUCUUUCAUCAAGGCCUGUGCAGCAGACAUGUGUCACUGUGGCAACAGUAGCAGCAGUGCCACCUGCGCUUGCCCCACCAUGUCAGAGUACUCCCGCCAGUGUGCUCACGCAGGGGGGAAACCCCAACAGUGGAAGACCGAGGAGUUCUGCUUGGAGACGUGUCCUUUCAACAUGGAGUACCAGGAGUGUGCUAGUCCCUGCACUGAUACCUGCUCCAACCCAGAGAGGAACCAGCAUUGUGAGGAACACUGCACCGACGGAUGCUUCUGCCCUGCCGGAACCGUGUUUGAUGACCUCAAUCUGACUGGCUGUGUAGCUGUGAACCAGUGCUCUUGUCUCCACAACGGACAGUCUUACCAGCCUGGACAAUCAUUCUCAAGAACAUGCCAGACAUGUACCUGUAACCAAGGCCAGUGGAGUUGUACAGAUCUAGAUUGUCCAGCUACCUGCUCCAUAGUGGGAGGUUCCCACAUCACCACCUAUGAUGGGAAAGACUACACCUUCCAUGGAGACUGCUCAUAUGUCCUGUCCAAGCAAACCAACAACACUGCUUUCACAGUCCUGGGUGACAUAGUGAAAUGUGGAAAUACGGACACUGAGACCUGCCUAAAGGCUGUGACCCUGGUGAUUCCAGAGUCCAAGGGGAGUCUCUCGGUCGUCAUCAAGGCCAGUGGAAGGGUCUUUGUCAACAAGAUGUUUUCUCAGUUGCCGCUUUUCAUGGCGAAUGUAACAAUCUUUCAGCCCUCUACGUUCUACAUCGUUGUGCAUACCUCUUAUGGGCUGCGUCUAGAGGUCCAGCUAACUCCUAUAAUGCAGGUCUACAUCAUAGCUAGCAGCUCCCACAAGGAACAAACCCAGGGUCUUUGCGGAGACUUUAACAGCGUCCAAGCUGACGACUUCAGAACCAUCAAUGGACUGGUGGAAGGAACCGCUGUGACGUUCGCCAACACGUGGAAGACCAAAGCAAGCUGCCCUGAUGUGACACAGAGCUUUGAGAUCCCAUGCAGUCUGAGUGUAGAGAACGAGAGAUAUGCCAAGCACUGGUGCUCGAUGCUGUCCGAUCCUGCAGGAAUAUUUUCCCAAUGCCACACUGAGAUCAACCCAAAGUACUACAAGGAAAUCUGCCUAUAUGACAGCUGUAACUGUGAGAGGAGUGAGGAGUGCAUGUGUGCUGCGGUCUCCUCCUAUGUCCGUGCAUGUGCUGCUGCAGGUGUCCUGCUCAGUGGAUGGAGAAACACCACCUGUGGGAAGUACACCUCUCUCUGCCCCGACACAAUGGUCUAUGACUACACCAUGACCAGCUGUGACCGCACCUGUCGUUCACUGAGCCAGCCAGACUUUACCUGCCAGUUAGACCAUGUGCCUGUGGAUGGCUGUGGCUGUGCAGAGGGAACCUACCUGAAUGACCAGGGAGACUGUGUCCCUGCCUCACUCUGCUCCUGCUACUAUGGAGGCACGGUAGUACCCCCUGGAGAGGCCACCAGGAUCUAUGGGGCUACUUGCUCAUGCAGACAUGGGAAAUUAAGCUGUGUUGGAGAACAAAAACAUUCAUCCUGUGAAGAACCAAUGGGUUUCUUCAACUGCUCCAGUGCAGGGCCCGGAGCCAAGGGCUCAGAGUGCCAGAAGAGCUGUCAAACACUAGACAGUCAAUGUAUCAGUGCAGACUGUGUAUCAGGCUGUGUUUGUCCUGCUGGUCUGCUGUCUGAUGGAAAUGGAGGAUGCAUCGAGGAGGACCUAUGUCCCUGUUCUCACAAUGGAGUCUACUACCAACCUGGACAGACACUCAAAGUAGACUGCAAUACCUGCACUUGCAAAGGGAGGAAAUGGCAUUGUACCAAUAACCAGUGUGAUGGGAUGUGUGCCAUAUAUGGGGAUGGGCAUUUCAUCACUUUUGAUGAGGAAAGGUUCACUUUCAAUGGAGAUUGUGAAUACACUCUUACUCAGGAUUACUGCAGCAACAAUCCAAACGGUACCUUUAGAGUGAUCACGGAGAACAUUCCCUGUGGAACCACUGGCACCACCUGUUCCAAGGCCAUCAAGCUCUUCUUGGGGAACAAUGAGAUCAUACUGGCAGAUGAAUCUGUAAAAGUGAUCAAACAAGAGAAUGGGGUAGACGUGCCAUACCAGGUCCACUCUAUCGGUCUGUAUGUUGUUGUUGAGGCUGAAAAUGGCCUGAUCCUCAUGUGGGAUAAGAAGAAUAGCCUGUUUAUCAAACUCAGCUCGACUUUCCAGGGCCAAGUGUGUGGUCUGUGUGGAAACUACGACGGUAAUGGAAAGAACGACUUCACGUCCAGAAACCAGGAAGUGGUUGUUGACGCUCUGGAGUUUGGGAACAGCUGGAAAGUGUCAACUAGUUGCCCCAACGCUGAUGUCAUAAAGAACCCAUGCGCUUUAAGAUCAUACAGGGAGUCCUGGUCUCUGAAACGUUGCAGCAUCAUCACCAGUAAAGUGUUCGCAGCCUGCCACUCAGAGGUGGACCCCACCCCAUUCCAUGAUGCCUGUGUGAGGGACUCGUGUGCCUGUGACACUGGGGGAGACUGUGAAUGUUUCUGUACUGCUGUAGCAGCCUACGCCCAGGCCUGCAACGAGGCAGGGGCUUGUAUCAGGUGGAGAACACCAGAUAUCUGCCCUCUGUUCUGUGAUUUCUACAACCCUAUUGGUGAGUGUGAGUGGCAUUAUCAGCCGUGUGGAGACCCCUGUAUGAAGACCUGCAGGAAUCCCUCAGGAACAUGCUCCAGUCAGAUCCCUGCACUGGAAGGUUGCUAUCCAAAAUGUCCUCCGGACCAGCCUUAUUUAGAAGAAAGUACCAUGAAGUGUGUCCCUAUCAAGAAGUGUGGUUGCUACGAUGGAGAUGGAACACAUUACAACGAGGAUGACGUUAUACCUUCCAAGGAGAACUGUCAGAGAUGUCUUUGCUCAUCAACUAAGGCCAAUUGCAGCUAUGAUAUCGAAGCCUGCCAUUGUAUAUACGACGGCAGAACAUACCCGUAUGGAGCUAUCGUAUAUAACACAACUGACGGUGAUGGGACCUGUAUUACUGCCAUCUGCAAAACCAACGGAACCAUUGUCCGGAAUAUGAAACCCUGCCCCGGCACCACAACUCCACCUAGUGUUACAACAACACAGAUAUCCACCCAAGCACCGACCACAACAGUAUUUGUUUUCUCAACUCCUACCACUGCCCAAACAACAACUCCUACCACUAACCCAACAACUACUACGACUACCUCAACAACAAAACCUACCACUACCCCCACAACAACCCUCACUUCAACACCAACCACUCCACCCACUUCUACUCCACACUGCCUGAUCUGUGAAUGGUCAGACUGGAUUAACAAUCAUUAUCCUUCAAUUGGACCAGAAGGAGGAGAUUUCGAAACCAUAGAUAUUUGCAGUGAACCCAAGGAAGUACAAUGCAGAGCCAAAGAAUUCAUUGAUGUUCCUUUGGCCGACCUAGGUCAAAAGGUUGAAUGCAAUUCCUCGGUUGGACUGAUAUGCCGCAACAAGGAUCAAGGCAUCCCACCAAUAUGCUACAACUAUGAAAUCAGAGUCAAAUGUUGUGUUGUUUGUGGGACAACUACCACCUCAGAAAGGCCCACAACACCUACUACCACUGAAAUAACAACCACUAGGCCAACAACUACCCCAACAACAACCACAAUAACAACCCCUACCCCCACAACAACCAUUACACCAACACUGGAUUGA